AUGCCUGGAAUUCCCCUUCACGCUUUUGACAAUCUCAAGGCGAAGCUCAAAGCCGCCUUCAACGACAGGAAGAAGAAGUCGAGCAGUGAGAAACCUGCGGACCCAGCUGCCACGGCUACUACAGCUCCCACCCCGUCCAAGACCGAUGCUGCACCGGCCGCGGCUCCUGCUGCUGCAGCCGCGGCAUCGACGCCCGCAGCUGCCGCGCCCGACGCGGCCAAGAAAGACGACACCGCAGCCACCGCAGCCACCCCUGCCGCCGCAGAGCCGGCUCCGGCUGCCUCCGAGCCAGCAAAGCCUGCCGAACCCACCGUGACCGAGCCCGCCGCCACCGAAGCCGCUCCAGCUCCCGUUGCGAGCACCACGACGACAGCUGCCGAAGCCCCCGCGGCGCCUGCUCCGACCCCAGCCGAACCUGCGGCAGCUGCUGCUGCUCCUUCUGCUGCACCUGCUGCCGAAACUGCCAAGGCCGAGGAGAAGAAGCCUGAGGCGACUGCUGCUGCGCCUGCUGCUGCGCCUGCCGCGGCUGCCGCGCCCGCUGCGCCAACGGCUUGA